AUGUUUAGAUGGAUGCUUCUAAGGAUGAUGUUAUUGCUCUGGAUGACAAGAGAAACACUUCAGGGCGGCACAGGGUACAAACCUCAAAAUCCAAAUGGUGGUGCAGCACAAAUGUCAACAAGAGAUUAUGGUUUGGGUCCAAAUGGCAAUUCAGCAAACAUGAAAGGAAAUGGUGGUACAGGCAAGGGAAUGAUGAACCAACAUGCAUUGAAGCAGAGGGGAGGUUAUGGAAAUGGUAAUGGCUACAGAGCUCCAUCUUAUGGGGGCUACAGCAAUUUAAUGGGUGCUCAUCCCCAAAAAGGAGUUGGUCUAGGUUUUGGUGCUGGGCCUGCAGCUGCUAAAGGACAAGGCUCAAAAUCUGGAGGAUAUGGCAUCUCUGCAGGAUACCCCAAUGGUGGGGCAACCAAGGCACAACAAGGAUAUGGAGGAUAUGCUAAUGGAGGUGCAGCUAAGCAACCUAAUACAGGCUCUUCUCUUCAAAAUAUGGGGUAUCCCAGUGGUGGAACCAAGGGACCUAAACCAGGAUAUGGAGGAUAUCCUAAUGGAGGUGCAGCAAAGCAGCCUAAUACAGGCUCUUAUCUUCAAAAUAUGGGGUAUCCCAAUGGUGGAACCAAGGGCCCUAAACCAGCAUAUGGUGCUAAAGCUGGAUCCUCAAAUGGACAAGGAGCCAUGCCUAAUGGCUCUUCUCUUCAAAAUAUGGGGUAUCCCAAUGGUGGAACCAAGGGACCUAAACCAGGAUAUGGAACUAAAGCUGGCCCCUCAAAUGGACAAGAGGCCAAUCCUAAUGGCUCUUCUCUUCAAAAUAUGGGGUAUCCCAAUGGUGGAAUCAAGGGACCUAAACCAGGGUAUGGUGCUAAAGCUGGACCCUCAAAUGGACAAAAAGCCAAGCCUAAUGGAAAUAUGGGGUAUCCCAAUGGCGGAACCAAAGGCUCUAAACCAGGCUCUUCUCCUCAAAAUAUGGGGUAUCCCAAUGGUGGAACCAAGGGACCUCAACCAGGAUAUGGUGCUAAAGCUGGACCAUUAAAUGCACAAGGAGCCAGGCCUAAUGGUUCUUCCCUUCAAAAUAUGGGGUAUCCCAGUGGUGGAAUGAAGGGACCUAAAGCAGGAUAUGGAGGAUAUCCUAAUGGAGGUGCAGCUAGGCAACCUAAUACAGGCUCUUUUCAAAAUAUGGGGUAUCCCAAUGGUGGAACCAAGGGACCUAAACCAGGAUAUGGUGCUAAAGCUGGGUUCUCAAAUGGGCAAGGAGCCAAGCCUAAUGGAUAUGGAGGCUAUCCUAAUGGAGGUGCAGGUAGCCAACCUAAUACAGGCUCUUCUCCUCAAUAUAUGGGGUAUCCCAAUGGUGGAACCAAGGGACCUAAAGCAGGAUAUGGUGCUAAAGCUGGACCCACAAAUGGACAAGGUGCCAAGCCUAAUGGUAAUAUGAUGCAUAUAAGCUCUAUAUCAUGUAAAAACCUCACAGUCAUAUCUACGUUCUUAUGAUCUAUAGGUUAUGGUGUUCCUCAACAUAUAUCAGAAGGACCUUAUAAAGCAGCUAAUUCAGGAUAUAUGCCUGUAACAACUGGAAAAGCCGAUGUUUCCAAUGGAAAAGGACCUAAAGGGGAGAUUUUAAGCCCUGAAGCACCAAGUCGUCUUCCAGUAACUUCUAGCACCAAGGGUGUUUUACCACCAGCUGAACGUGAGCCAAAUACAGGAUUACUUCCAGAACAAACUAAAUACCUUCCACCAGUUCUACAACAAACAAAAGGACAAAAUCUUAAUGCACAACUUCAACAAGUCAAAACCCCCAACUCUAUGGCACCUCAGCUUGCUCCAAAGCCAUUUAUGCAAGGUCCAGGUUUUUAUAAACCAAGUAAAGCUUAUAAACCACCCACACCUUUAAUUCCACAAUACAAAGCUCAAAAACCAGAUGUACCAGCAGUCCCUCAAGCUAUUCCUGCACCAGAAUCUGCUCCCAUUCCUCAGACAAAUUCUCCUCAAACAUUACAAACUGUUGCACUAGAGCAGGAACAAGUCCUGUCACAGGAACAAACCAUAACUCCAGUCGUACCACAACCAAUUACACCACAAGGCAGUAUUUCUUCACAGGUGCCUCUGUUGCCAAAAACUCCAGAGAUGCAACAAUCCAAAAUUCAGUCAAACCCAGCUUUGCCUCAAAUGAAGAAUCCAUCAACAACAAAUCCUGAACUCACUGGUCAAGGACAGGUGCAGGGAGCUAUGCCUUCAAAGCCUGAUUGUGGACCUGGAGGACGACCUAAUGGACAGUGGGUGAAACUUCCAAGUCCAGGGACAGGGUACCCCAAAGGAAAAGGAGAAGUGUCAUCACAACCAGGCUUUGGAGCAGGAAUUGGUGGUUAUCCAGCUCAGGGCAUGAAAAAUGGCUACAAAGCAGGUUAUGGAGGCUAUGGAAACAAAUUCACAAAUCCAGCUGGGCAAGGUGGGCAGCCAUUAGGAUUUGGAUCUAAGGGAAAAUCUCAAGCAAAAUAUGGAAUUGGUGGACUUCCGUUUGGUGGUUCCCCCAGUGGAUAUCAAACCAACCCCUCUGGAAAAUAUGGUAAAGAUGGUCAACACUAUGGAGCCAAACCCUACAAUCCUCAACAAGGAUAUGGCAAUUUACCAUACAACUCUCAGCCUCUUCUUCCAGAAUCUGUUGCCAAAUCACCUGAUUUUGGAGGUUUACCCUACAAUAGUCAGCCACUUGGAUAUGGCGGUGAUAAGUCCUCUGGCAAAUAUGGACAAAAGGGUCUUAAUUAUGGUGGUCAGCCAUUUGAUCGUAGGCCUGAUGCUAUGCCUGGGAAAUAUGGUUCUCCUGAAUCCCUGUAUAAUCCAGAAUCUGUCAGUCUCAGUGGUAAUGCCAAAUCAGCAAAAUAUGGUAAUCCAGCAGUGUCAUAUGAACUCCUCGGCCCCGUGACUGAUGGCCAAUCUGUUGAAGAGAACAGAAGCCUGGAGGCUUUGCACCAAGGUCCUGAGAUUGAUGGACAGAAAUCCAUAGACCAAUUUGGAGAUGGAGAGAUUCCACCCCAUCCUGAUACUCCAGGAGCUAGAGAGGCAAAUGCACAAUCCAUUGACAAAUACGGAACGGGUGAUUAUACCAAUGGAAGGGUACAACCAGAAGUUGUCUCUUUCCCUGGUGUUCCCACCGUGGGCCCCGCUCCUCACAUCCCAGCUGUCACCUCAUUUGACACCACCCUUGACGGUUCCUCCUUGGCCCCUGUCUCUGUGCCUGAUGUGUCCACUGUUUCUGAGGUGUCUGCUUCACCUGUAUUCCCUCAGCCUGAGCUGCCCAGUCUAAAGCAGCAGCCAGCACCACCACAUCAGAUCCAAAUCCAGCAGCACCUCAAGUUCCAUUUCCUCCCACAAGGCAACUCCCAGACAGGAAAGGAAGGCAAAUACAAAUUGAAUGGAUUCUUCGGAAAUAAAUACCAAGGAUAAUUUGGAGGUGGACAGUGAUAUUGCAAAAAUGUGGAUCUUCACUUGAUUUCUCUGUUUUACACUUAAUGUUUCUGUGAAUGUUGUAAAUUUUCUAUCGUUUUGAGUCAUUUGAUCUCCUUAGCCUCUAGUUUUGUAUUUUAAUGUUUGUUACCCUGCUUG